AGAUUUGCUUAGUGUCUGUUUCAUUUCGAUUUCUUUUCUUGCGAUUUUUUUUUUUGGUCGAAAUUACAGUUCGUUUUGGUUCCAUGCGCUCUCUACACUGUUACCGUUUUUCUAUUGUCUACUAAUUUUCGCGCAUUUGUUACUAUUGAGUUUCCUAGUUUCCGGCUGGCCUCCGCCCAUCCGCUCCGGAGGGCAUAAAUACCCAGGCUCCUGGAUAUUUGGUCUGCAGAAGGCUCUCGCUCCUGGAUCAGCGGAAACAUCUGUUUCCUCGUGGUCUGAGGCUUAAGAGAUGGAGCAACAUUUUCUUGGCUGUGUGAAGCGUGCCUGGGAUUCCGCGGAGGCGGCGCCAGAGCCCCAGCCUCCGCCUAUUGUGAGGUCAGAAGACUGUGGGCCGUGGCCUCUUCCUUUGUAUCCAGUACUGGGAGAGUGCUCUCUGGACAGCGGUGAUUCGGGACUGCUUUCCAGUCCUUGCUGGCGGCUACGCUGGAUCUACCCACAAAACGCACUCUUUCCCGGAGUCCAGAGCGUCUUGGAACCAAGUACAGCCCAGCCCGCUGAGUUCAGUUGGCCCGGGACACAGAAGCAGCAAGAGGCACUUGUAGAAGAGGUGGACCAGGCAGAGCAAUCUGAGAGACUCGCACUCUGGCAACUUCCCUUGCGCAGUCCUCCCCAGCCCUGGGAGAGACUGGAGGACACCGAGGCCUGUGACAGCGGGCGCCUUUCGGAAUGCCACCGUCCUCCAGCCUUCCGUUGGUGGUGCCACCUCCCAGGCUUCUCAGACUGCCUGGAGUGGAUUUGUCGCAUUGGUUGUGCCGCGUUCUCUGUACCCUGGGCGUGUUGCCCACGGAUCUGUGGAGCUAAGCAGCCUUAGAUAGCGGCAGAAGCCUUUUUGGAUUCUCCUCCUUGAAAAGAUUCUCAGUUACCAAAUGUCUCCACACAGAAAAUAAAAAUACAUUAAGAUGUGCCUUCAUUGCUGGUUGUCAAUUUUUAAAUUCUCUUUUGCUGAUGAAUCUCCCUUCUGUCAGGUCGCUUAUUACUUGCAGUUUCCUUAUAUUUUAAACAUUUAUAUUUAUUUUGUUGCAUAUUUUAUU